AUGGAUCUAGCUAAUAAUCCCAUUGAAACGACUGAAAGACAUAUCAGCGAGGACACCAUCGAGAUUGGAGUCGGGAGGUUCCAGGGAAUGGUAAUUUUCUGUGCCGUACUCGCAGCCGUUUCUUACUUCUGCCAUGCUAGUAGUUUUGCUCUGACCGCCCGUGUUAUGGACCACUGGUGUCGACCUCCCGAUGGCAUCACCAUGAGCAGGAGUCAGUGGAAGAAUGUCGCUAUCCCAGUCACGAAGGACGGACGCCAUAGCAGGUGCAGCAUGUACAGCUUGCCGUUGAAGCCAGAAAAUACCGCGAUGCGCACACUCAUUCCAUGUAUCGAGUGGGAAUUCGACCUGGAAGAGUAUGGCAACACCAUCAUAAGCGAAUGGAGCCUCGUCUGCAACCGCUCCUGGUUGAUUCCGCUGGCUUCACUGACAUUUGACCUUGGCGGAGUAUUAGGCGGUGUGAUUUCCGGAAUAGUAGCCGACAAUAUUGGCCGUAGACCUGUCGUGUGCUUGUGCGUUGUCGUUAAUUUAUUUGCUGGCUUCGCCAGUGGGCAAACCAAUUUGUUUGCUGUUUUUCUGACAGUCCGAUCUAUUGUGGCGGGAAGUUCGGAGGGCCUUGUAAAGGUUCUAGCUGUCGCACUUUACGAAGUAUCCCCACAUCAGAAGUGGCCGCUGUACUGUUUCACCAAUCUUGGUGUUGCAUUGUUAAUCGUGCCCCCAUUCUUUUUGGUGCUUUCCCUGUUACAACUUAAUUGGAUGGAAGUUCACCUAGCUAUAAUGGUACCCACGGCGUUUCUCGUUUGUGUAUUCUAUAUGAUCCUCGAGUCGCCGCGCUGGCUUCUGGUCACCGGAAACAUUCAUGAAGCCUGGAAAGUGACACUUCUCGCUGCAAGCACCAACAGAGCUCCGUCCGAGGUCGCAAUUAACUCGCUGAGAAAGGCGGGAAACGAUUUAAAGUUUGCAACCAGCGAAAAUGGGGAUUCGCAUCGUAUCACCAUCCAGCGUCUGCUGCUCGAACCGAAAACCCGCACACGUUCUGCCAUUGUUUGUUUUGCUUGGCUCGCUGUAGACUUUGCAUUCUCCGUACAUAUCUUCAUGUACCCCUUCGCGAUUCAUGAGUCGUUCGCCAUCGCGUCUGUCGUCCUUGUGCCCAUCUGUUUCCCUAUCGUUCUGUUUUCCUUCAAUCAAUUUGACAAGGAGAGCGUACUAGUGAUAAUUCUCUCAGUACUCAGCGUUGGAACGGCACUGCUAAUGGUUGUUUACGACGAACCGCCGACAGUAAUUGCGAGUGCCUUGCUGGUUUUUGUCCAACUGCUCUCCUCAGUGGCCUUCUUUGUUCUCUUCACCUUGACGGUGGAGCUGUUUCCGACUGCGCUUCGGUGCACAGGCUUUAGCCUCUCAGCUGCAUUCGGGAGCGUGUCGACAAUGUUUGCUACGCUAGUGACCCAGUUCGAAACGAAGCUACGCAAAGACUUGCUGCUGGCCCUCAUCGCUACAUUAGCGGUUUGCGGCGCACUUGCCUUGUGCAGUCUCACUGGCACAGCCUCUCCAACGGCGUUCUUCGGUCGUCUUCAGCCAGAAAUGGAAGAAAACACCCAACGGCAACUUCAGUGGUCUCCGAGACCGUUUCCACCAGAGAGGCCAACAAUGAAGGUCAUGGAUACAGCAGAGAUGCCCGUGUCUCAGGCGCCGCCCUUAGAGCUCUCUGUCUUGCAUGUUCUUCCUGGACAACCCAUUCAACGCUUUCAAUCCUCUCAACACUCCGGACCAGGGACUGGCGGACCAUUCAAAGCUCAGACAGCCAAAAAUAAGGGCCCGGCUCCUCAUCAUUCAGCCAAGCCACAUGAUAAAGGCUGUGCAACGCAGAGCUGCAAAUACUGA